AUGGCGUCUUCUCACACUGAUCUGGAAGAAAACCUCAAAUGCUCUGUUUGUUUGGAAAUCUUUAAGGAUCCAGUGGUUCUGCGUUGUAGUCACAGCUUCUGCAAGGAGUGUCUCGAGAGCACCUGGUGUCAGAAGCUGGUGAAGGAAUGCCCUCUCUGCAGACACACUACAAAACGUUCUCCGUUUAAAAAUCUGUCUCUUAAGGGUGCGUGCGAGUCUUUCGUGGAGGAGAAGAGACGCAGGAUUUCAGCACAAAAUCAAGGUGUGCUCUGUGACGUUCAUGGUUUGAAGCAUGAGCUCUUCUGCAUAGAUGACCAGAAGCUGGUGUGUUUGAAAUGUGUGUCUCAGGACCAUAAAAAGCACAACUUUUGCAGUAUCGACAAAGCAGCUGAGGAACACAGGAAUAAACUUCAAAAACCUUUGCAGGAGCUUGAGAGCAAGCUGCAAACCUUAAUUGACAAAAAGGCCACCUUCGCCACCUUAGCUAGAAAACUCCAGGCUCAGGGCCAACAGACAGAGACACAGAUAAAGGAGGAGUUUAAGAAGCUUUAUCAGUUCCUCAGAGAGGAAGAGGAGGCUCGAUUAUCUGCACUAAGAGACGAACAGAAGAAGAAGCAGGAGAAGAUUAUGGAGAAGACUGCAGAAGUUGAAGGAUUGCAUACUUCAUUAUCUGAACAAAUAAAAAAAAUUAAGGAUGACCUAAAGCAUGAUGCAAAUCUUUUUUUACAUAACUUCAGAGAUACGGAGGAGAGAGUUAAGUUCACAGUACCAGAUCCAAAGCUUGAUUUAGGAUCUUUAAUCAAUGUGUCUAAACACGUGGGGAAUCUGAGAUACAAAGUGUGUGAGAAGAUGAAGCACCUCUGUCCUUACUAUCCAGUAAUUCUGGACCCAAAUACCAAAUCAACUAACCUUGAGGUAUCUCCAGAUUUGACAAGCAUCACUUGUUCAAGCCAGGUGUUACUGACCUCUCCAGAAAAACGCUUCUGUUACAUCCUGGGCUCAGAAGGGUUCAGCUCAGGAGUGCACACCUGGCAGGUGGAUUUGGAACACUCCGAACACUGGGCUCUGGGAGUUGUUACUGAAUCCACUAAAAGAUUGCAAAACCUAUCCAGCUGUUCUAUGCUCGUAAGUUGUAUUAAGGGUAAAUGUUCUUGGACCCCAGUAGCACCCAAGAUUAAGAAAGUGUGCGUUGUUCUGGACAUGACGAAAAAGCAGGUGGUCUUCAGUGAUCCUGACACUAAUGUCACAAUGAUAUCAUAUCAGUACAAAUACACUGAGAAAAUGUACCCUUGCUUUUUUCCAUUCAGCCGAAUCCCACUGAAGAUCUUACCAUCCGUGUAAAGGUUGGUGUAAUCAGUCAAGCCAUGACUUCCACAGUCCUCACAGGAUUUAUAUCAUACUUUCUAGAUAUUUGGAUGAUGUCAUUGUUUUGUUUUUGUUCAGAUUAUGAUUAGGCUUUAGUUGUAUAAUCAGGACGUUCUUAGUUUAUGACGCAUCCUAUCUGUUUAUAAUUAGAGAAAGCAUUAGUACAUAAUGGAUUGCUGGGAGCCUUAUUAUCUUUAUUUACUUAACAUGCUUUGCAUAUUAAUCUUUAUAACUAACAUGUGAUCUUUAACAGUGUAUUGAAAUUUUAAGCUUUUUUUUAAUUAAUUUUUUUACUUUGGUUAAUGGGUUCCUACAUUUCCCACAAUGCUAUUUGAUUACCUCCUGAUAGUGCUGAAUCUAAUCCUAGCUUCAAGUGCCUAAAGAGGGUGGUGCAGCGGCUCUUUAGUCCUUUAAUCUGUCCAGCUCUCUUGCCUCCUCAUCUACACAGUCUGCUCAAACAGAUCAGCUUCCAAAUUUUCUUCCAACUGUCCACUAAUCAUUAUAUAGAUUGCUAUAGAAUCCUAUAGAGAGGAGUAUCUUCCAUAACUCAACGUUGUACAGCUGCAUUGCAUUCUGGGACUUUGAGUCCAGCAUCUCUACUACUCUGCUGGAUGUCUCAUUAAUAUGAUGUUGAACAGUGAAAAUUGAGUGAGAAAAGAAUGGUUUUUUUUCUUUUUCUCAGUCUUCUCUGGUGAAACUAGUUAACUGUUGGGAAUUUCUGAUUUGCAGUAGCUGUAGUACCCUGGACUUAAACAAUGAACCUGGGAACCUUGCUCAUGGGGCAAACACCAAGUUCAUGAUACUAAUAGGAGGUGCACUGUUUGGUUUUAUCCCAACCUAAACACUGCCUUACUGAGAUCCAAAAUAAAGAUAUAUUUCUGUACAACAAAAGCAAUAUACUUUCAUAUAAAGAGCCCUUGCUCCUUAUAGCCCAGGGGUGUCCAAUCGUAUCCGGAAAGGGCUGGUGUGAGUGCAGGUUCUCAUUCCAACCAAACAGAAGCCACGCCUGAGUCUACUGAAAGCCAAGAUCAACUGAUUAAACAGGUGGAAUCAGGUGUGUCUCCUGCUUGAUUGGAAAGAAAGCCUGUACCCACACCAGCCCUUUCCGGAUACGAUUGGAGACCCCUGCUAUGACCCAUGCUAUACCAGUAGCAUUGUAAGUACGUCCAGCUUUAUAGUAGAUUCUUGUAUCAUGUUCAGACAAAGUUUCUCAUCUUUCUGGAGUGUAUCAAACCCAACAGUCAGCUUGCUCACUCAAGUCACAUUAAAUAAAAGGUAGAAAGCUCUCCAGAACGUUCCACAAGGCUUCCGUUUCAGGAGUCGAAUAAAGUUACGGUAUGUUGUGCAAGUUGCUGUUUGCUGUUAAAAUUUCUAAAUGAGUACCACCAAGUGUGGCCCUCUACCUCACAACAGCAUGUACAAUAACUCCAAGGUGAAACUACUACAUUUUAGCUUCAUAAAGUUCAUAUUUUAUUAACUUUGUUUGAUCACUUGAUACAUGAUAAACAAUCGUUUUGCUGCAUGUUCUGUAUAAUAAAAAACAACAACCUAUGAACAGUGUUUAGAGUCUACAUUUAUUCAUGUGUAUUAUACAUCAUGCUGUCCACACACAGCAAAGAAACUACACGCAUGCAGCUGAUAUGGUAGUUUAUAAUAACCCACACACGGAGAAACAUUGCCUGACAUGCUAUAUAUAGAACCUGCAGGGUAACCUGCAGGGUAACACUCACACACAAACACACACACACACACACACACACACACACACAUUUUGUUAUCAAAUGUUGAUGUUCCUCAGACAGGAAGAUGUAAACACUGCACAUAUAGACACUACACACACCAUGCAGCUGUUAACACACUGUACAUGGAUGUACAUGUGUGUAUUAAUGUGUCUCAUCUCAGCUUCUCUGUGCGUCCUGCAGGGGGAGCUGGAGACAUUAAAGAACAUACUACAGCAGAGAGUUUUGUGAGUCAGUCUUCCAUCACAUCCCGGUACUCUAAUAUUAUAAAGUCUCCUGUGCCAGAUUUGUUUCAGUUAUUUAACACUUUUAUUUGACCUUGUUACUGUUAGUCAGAAAAGAGUUUUGUGUUCAUGGUAUAAACCGAUCGUCAUGUCAUUUGUGUAGCGAUAGUUACAUAUGUUAUGACACAAUAGACGUUUUAUUAAAAUUGGUUUAAAAUGUUUAAGACUACGACAUCUAUUUAUCUAACAGGACACCGAAAAAGCCAUAAAGCCAGAGGUUCUGUUACAAAACGAGGUUUCACUGAUCACACUGGAAGAGAAAGUUGUAGGUGAUGAUAAAGACUUUACAGACAUUUCUAUUCAUGCAAAAAAUUACACAUUUUAAUGCUAAUCAAUUU